AACUAACCAACUAUCUAACUAACCAACUACCUACUAUAAAUACAUCAUCAAAAUUAGUGCAUUUAGGCAGGAUUACAAUCCAUAAUGUCAGUUGGAAUUAUGAGGGGAGUGAGCUCAGCAUGGCACGAGGGUUACUUCGCUGGCCGAGAAGCCGUUCUUUGAUGCUGCUGUCCCGACAAAGAGGAAAUCAUUGGGCUUGUUGUAUGCUGCGGAGAAGGAGGAGCUGGCGGAAGUGCAUGCGAAGAACUAGGCUUCUGUCGAGGAUCAGUGCGCAGGCGAGGGGUAGAUAUGAUAUGAUGUUUAUGUCGGAAUUUUUCGGGCUGUGUGUGGUACCUGGUGCGUGUAAGGGGGGAUGUUUGCCCCCGGGCUGGUUCUAUCGGGAUCGUCCUAUCGCUGGAGAUUUGCAAAAAAAAAAAAAAAAAAAGAGGCGGUGUUUCGGAAAAGGAUCCCGAAGGCCAGCACGGAAACGCAAGGGGCUGUCAUCUCCUACUAUUAGACAUGAGAUGUUGAGAAUGCUGACUUACCAAGUAUGCCACCACACCACACUGACAAUCAUCGACUGGUUCGAUUGCUUGAUUGGUUUCCUCACGCGGUGCCAGCUGUAUGGCCAGUGACGACAGUUGGGCCAGGACAGGACAUGUGUCUGUAGGAGUUCUGUCUUUAGAAACUCAAGGCUCUCUCACCAUCGAAUUCCCUCAGCCAGGUACGACAGUCGAACUGAUUACCCUCCACUCGACCCACACCUGGCAUCGCGUGAGAAAACCAAUCAAUCAAACC